UAUGGAAUGACAGCAGAUUUAGCUCGAAAGGCCGCUGCCAAGUACGAUUGUGGUCAAGAAGCAAAUGCUAUAGAGUGGAUUGAGUCUGUGCUGGGUAGAAAUGUGUUUGAUGGUAAAAGUGGACCAGAUCAUGUCCAGGAGGUGUUGAAGGAUGGAAGAGUCCUUGUCGAACUGGCUAAUGCACUUCGCACUGCAGACUCCUGUAAUAGUUUGGGUCCUGAGGUGAAAUGCAAUACAAGUAGUAUGCCCUUCAAACAGAUGGAAAAUAUUGGAAAGUAUUUAGAGUUCUGCUCAAAGAUGUUGGGAGUGGAAGCUGGUGAUUCCUUCCAGACAGUAGACCUGUAUGAAAAGCAAAACAUGGCUAAUGUCAUUACGCAGAUAAAUGCAGUAGGACGAAAGGCUCAAGCAAAAGGUUUAAGUGUUCGACAGUUAGGACCCAAGGAGGCCACUGAAAACAAACGCGACUUCUCAGAAGAGCAACUCAAGGAAGGAAAGAAUGUAAUUGGGCUCCAAAUGGGAACCAACAAACUUGCCUCACAAGCUGGAGAGCAUUUUGGUCGUCCCAGGCAGGUUGCUGGGCAUGAUGCCUACAAUGCUGGAGCAAAGGGCUUAGCAGUACCUUCUCUGGGCCCAAAAGAGGCUGUAGCUAAUGUGCGGGAAUUUACUGAAGAGCAGCUCAAGCAGGGCCAGAAUGUUAUUGGCCUCCAGAUGGGAUCCAAUAAAGGUGCCUCACAGUCAGGUGACCAUUAUGGUCGUGCUAGGCAGAUUGCUGGUGACACGGCGUAUAAUAAAGAUGCAAAAUAUGAUUCAGAUCUGGAGGUACAAAUAAGAGAAUGGAUCAAUGCAGUUCUAGGUGGACAAGUUCUUAAACCUGAGCCUGAUCAAAAAGAUUUCCAUGAAUCUCUGAAGAGUGGGGAAAUCCUAGUCGAUCUAGCAAAUGCGCUGGGUGGAAAGUAUAAGAAGAACUCAAGCAAGAUGGCUUUCAAAAUGAUGGAGAAUAUUGGAAACUUUCUGAGUUUCUGUGAUGAACUGGGAGUUCCUAAAAGUGAUGUGUUUCAGACUGUGGACUUAUAUGAGUCACAGAACAUUCCUGGGGUAAUCAGUGGGUUGCAUGCUUUUGCACGAAAGAUCGAUGCAAAGUAUGACAAGGGCGUGGAGAUAGAGGCGAGGAACUGGAUCGAGGACGUUCUUGGGGAACCGGUCGAGUGGGGACAGAGGGACGACUCUCCCGGAUGUUCGUUUGCAGACGGUUUGAAGAGUGGCGAAGUACUUUGCAAACUCGCCAACAAACUUCAGCCCGGAGCUGUCAAAAUGAACAAUACUUCAAAGGUCUCAAAUCCUGCAAUGAGGGCAACCAAAGAGAAAGAAAAUAUUGAGAAGUUUUUAACCUUUUGUGAACAAUAUGGCGUUAAGGACCGUUUCUCGACCCCAUAUCUGUACCAGAAACAGAAUGUUAUGGCGGUUGUUAACACAAUUUGCCAGUUAGGAAGUACGGCCCAAAACAAAGGUUUUAGCGGCCCCGUCCUUGGACCUAAGAUAGCAGAGAAAAAUGAAAGAGGUUUCACCGAGGAUCAGGUCAAAGCCGGCCGAGAAGGGCACAUUGGUCUUCAAGCUGGUACCAACAAAUUAGCUUCGCAGAGUGGACAGAAUUUCGGCCUUGGCAGGCAAAUCGCUGGAGUGGGAUCCGAGGGAACAUACGACUAGUAAAAUUUCUAUAUGCAGUUUUAAAAGAAGGUUCAAGUGCUUUUUUCUUUCUAUAUUCGACAAAAAGCUUUGUAUUGCCUCCUACCGUUUCGCUAAGAUUCAAUCGACUUAGGCAGUUUUGUUUUACCCAAUAUUGUGUGAAGAACUGUAUUGCCAAUAAAAGUACUGGAGCGAUCCAGGACUUAGUCAUGGGGGGUUCGGAGAAUUGUCCGAGGGCAUGCUCCCCCCGGAGAUUUGAAAAUUAGGUCUUAGGAAACAUGAUUUCUAGCACUUUGAGGGAAAAUUUAGGGGGUUCGACCGAACCACUCCUGGAUCCGCCCCAGAAGUACAUACGCCUGGUCUCCGAGUUUUAUUCAUUGUUCCGCCAUGACUUAUAAUCUUUUAAAAAAACUCCCUAAGAUGGCAAUGAUUUACGAUAAUUUCUCAGGUGACUGAUAAGCAAGCUGAUUUCACGGCUCAUUUUAUUUAAUUUUCUGUCGAGAGGUUUUCCAUCUUAGACUCGUAAUCAUUCCAAAAUUGUCUCAGUACUUUUCACUUUUGUAUAAUUAGUUUGCUCGUAACACCCUAUCUAACCAAGCAGAAGCAAUGUUAAAGCUGAACACUUCCUGGUUUCUGAAAGUUUUCGAGCUUGGUGCUGGUGAAGAUUCCAAAUUGCGGCUUUUUCUUUGUUUUGAUAGCCACUGUUGUCUCUUUAGUCUUGGAUAAAAACCAGUACGUUAGGGUGAAUUUAAAAGCACCCUUACGCUUUGUAAUAAUCUUUCAUUACCCUCGCUUAAAAAAAAAAAGAAAGAAAUGA